GGACCAGAAAACAAAUUCUAUUACACAAGCACCCGCCACCCCCUUUGCAAUCAAUGGCUUCCUCUCCGUCCACCGGAGAUGAUGUGAGUUUAAAUCUACCACUCAAUUGUUUCCCCGAGAGCAUUGGUUGACGGAUUGGAAAAAAAGGUCCUUGAUCGUCUCAAGAAAAACGUUGACCCCACCGUUCUCUCGGAGCGUGAAGUGGCCGCACUGAAGCGGGCCGCAGAGCAUUACGAGAAAGCCCGGAAUCGGCUGAAAAAUCUGGUGACCAUUCCUCAGCUCGAUAUUUCCGAGCCCAAUGGCUAAUGCGUCUCGAGUCCAGGUUGACGACAACUCGACGCUCCCAGCCACUAUUUCUCACAUAAACAUCGACGGGGCAAAAAACACCCGCGCCAGCUUCCUGCGAAAGGUCCUCCAGGAGACUUUUGCAAAAAGUAGGGAACCGGGGUUUACGUUGGAAGACGCCUUGCGGGAAUUAAGACGCGACUGCCGCACCUUUUACAAGUUUGGGAUAUUUCACCCGCCCGGGCUCUACAUCGAUUCGACCGGUCGGGAGAAUGGCAAGGCAAAUCUCAAGGCUGAGAUCAGCCUGAGGGAGCUGUCGAGGUUUACUCUGAAGACUGGUACCGAUAUGGAGGGCACUGAUACGGGGGGCGCCGGGGGGAGCGGGUACCUGAGCCUUACUUACCGGAAUAUGUUUGGUGGAGCUGAGAGCUUGAAUGGGUACGCUUCUAUCGGCACAAGGACUAGGUCGGUGUAUGAGGUGAACUUUCAGGCCCCGAUCAAUGCGAAUCCGGAUCUGAUCCUGGAGACCAGUGGGUAUGCGUCCACUCGAUCCCACCAACACUAUUCCUCGCAUGAGGAGGUUCUUAGAGGAGGGAAGGUCGGGGUGAAGUGGGGCGAACAUGAAACUGGGUAUACGGGAGUUUGGAGACAGAUUACGGGCCUUGCUGAGGGGGCUUCCCCAGUUGUCCGCGGCGAUGCGGGGGACUCGGUGAAGAGCAGUCUUUGGCACACUUUCGCCAGAGACCGCCGAGAUAGCCAUUUACUCCCUACCCGUGGGUGGAUGGUCAAAUCAGAAUCUGAGCUUGCUGGAUGGGGAGGUCUCGGAGGUGAUGUAGCCUUCUGGAAGAGCGAGAUGGAGACACAGGUUGCAGCACCACUGGGCGCAUCUGGCAUCUCUGUGUCUGCGGGGCUCAGAGGCGGGCUACUAUACCCACUCUCCACGGGUAUCGGGGACAACAGCAAACCACCGCAACCAUCCCGCAUCAACGACCGUUUCCAGCUGGGCGGCCCAACGGAUGUGCGUGGGUUCAGGGAAAGCGGGCUAGGACCAAGAUAUGGAAAUGAUAGCGUUGGGGGGGAUGUCUACAUGUCAGGGGGGGCCAAUAUCUACUUCCCUCUCCCUAAAGUAGGGCCAAAGAAGCCAUUGAGGCUUCAGGCAUUCGUAAACAGUGGGCGCCUUGUCGGCCUUCAGGGCCUUAGUGAAGGCGACGGGAAUGUCAAUAGCAGCGUAGUGGGAGCGUUUAAGGAAUUGAGUAACGGGAUGCCGAGCGCCGCUGCAGGGGUCGGCUUGGUCUACGCCCAUCCAAUAGCGAGAUUUGAGUUAAACUUUUGCCUACCGCUCGUGAAGAGGUCUGGGGAGAGGGGUCGAAAAGGGUUGCAACUUGGGAUCGGGAUCAACUUUCGAUAGUCGCGGGCCUCGCGAAUGAACGAGCGCCCCAUAGUCUUGUUAGUUUCUGUAGCAUACACUUGUCGAUUGUGGUGGCUAGAAUUGUUUCCGUUGGGUCCCCCAUGUUGCUCGAGCAUCGUUUUGUUCAUCUAAGUUAAUAACAGUGCGGUAUCGGUAUUGCAAUCAAAAUUUUGCAAGG